GCGGGGCCUUUAUCAAUUUAUGGAGCGAUCAACUUUCCAUAUGAGGGCAGUGAUUGGAAGGCAGAAAGGAGAGGAGGUACCUGAAGUGAGAAAUUUAUUUAGUGUUUAGUAUAGAGAUUUAGCGAACUCCUUUACAUUAAACAAUUGCAGUGUUCCUUGGCUUUUGCGCGACACGGAAAGAUGGCUAGCUCCUUUAACAAAGGACCAGCAUAUGGACUGUCAGCAGAGGUUAAAAGUAAGAUUGCACAGAAGUAUGACCCACAGAGAGAAGAGGAGCUGCGAAUAUGGAUUGAGGAUGUGACUGGUGCUACCAUUGGAGAGGACUUUCAGAAGGGCUUGAAGAAUGGCGUCAUACUAUGCGAUCUCAUCAACAAGCUCCAGCCUGGAACGGUGAAAAAGGUCAACAGUUCAACCAUGAACUGGCAUCAGUUGGAGAACUUGACCAACUUCAUUAAAGGCAUCACGGUGUAUGGACUGAAGCCUCAUGACAUAUUUGAAGCUAACGAUCUGUUUGAGAAUGGCAAUAUGACCCAGGUUCAGACCACCCUCCUAGCACUUGCUGGAAUGGCCAAGACAAAGGGAGUACAGACAUCUGUUGAUAUUGGGGUCAAGUAUGCUGACAAACACGAGCGAGGGUUUGACGAAGAAAAGAUGAAGGCUGGUCACUGUGUCAUUGGACUACAGAUGGGGACGAACAAGUGUGCUAGCCAAGCUGGUAUGAAUGCUUACGGCACCAGAAGGCAUUUGUAUGAUCCUAAAGCUCACAUUCUUCCACCCAUGGACAACUCAACCAUCAGCUUACAAAUGGGGACCAACAAAGGCGCCAGUCAGGCUGGAAUGACCGCCCCAGGUACUCGGCGUGCCAUCUAUGACCAGAAGCUCGGCACCGACAAGUGUGACAACUCCACCAUGUCACUGCAGAUGGGCUACACCCAAGGAGCAAACCAAAGCGGUCAGAACUUUGGCUUGGGCCGGCAGAUCUACAACCCCAAGUACUGUCCAAAGGGUGAGGAUGAGGAAAGGGAGGAGAAUGGAGAAGGAAAUGGAGAAGGAAUUGUAGAAGGAAUUGUAGAAGGAAAUGGAAAUGGAAAUGGAGAUGUAGGAGAAAUAGAAGAAAUGGAAGAAAUAGAAGAAGUAGAAGACGGUUUCAUUCCUGACUACCAGGAUGAGGGAUACCAGGGGUACCAGGAUGAGGGACAGGAUUACUAGAGGGAUUUUUGUCUCUUUUGUAACUUGACAAAGGUCUACAUAGUUACUGAAGUGCCUUAGUAGCCAGUAGCGACAAUCUAUUAGGACCAAGCAUUUCUGCCGGAAUGUGCUUAUUAGAAUGUGCUCAUUUUUUGUGGAUUACUCUAUUUGCUAUCUUCAUCAAAGGCACAAGUUUGACUUAUUGUAGGCACACCCUGGACAUUUCCAGCUGAUGCAACUGCUCCGAUGAGGUGGGAAAAUAAGAUGCUUUUCAGAAAAAGUGGCACAUGUCUCUGUAAGGACAAUUCAGACAAACCAAAGAGCUGCUUUAAAGUAGGUGCUUUACCAUAGGGCUGUGAAUUUCAUGGAAUCUGUAAGAUCAUUGGUAUUGUCAAGAGCCAAAAUCAGAUGGUAUAUAAUCAUCAUUCAUACACUCUUGUUUGUUGACAAAUGUGAUAUCAUAUUGAGUACUGUCUCAUAUUUUUAAACAGGACUUUUUUUUAAAACUAUCAUCAGUAUUAUGUAUUAAUGAAGGUUGAUCAGUCCCAGUAUAGUUCAUUUUUUUAGAAAAGGAUGAAAGGGCUAAACAAAAAUGGUCAAUUUGUUAAAACUUCCAAGAUCAGUUCCUUGUAAAAAAAGUGAAUGAAGUUUGUUUUCUUGUAAAUUACCAAGAAAUACUAUGUCUAUGUUUAUAACUAUUGAAACUAUGAAAUGUUGACUUAAAGGCAUCUUUUUUUUUAUUAAUGUGUACUGCGAAGUGAAUUACUUUAAACACCUUAAUAAUGGUCAAACACAUAAAUAACUUUUACCUCACUCCAACAAUGCACUCAGGUAAAAUGGGGCAACCAGCACAGCAAAAUGGUUUAAACCUUGUCAGUAGUUCAAGGGGCACAUUAAAUUGUUCAUUAAAUGAUGGCAACUCUAAGAUGAUGAUUACAAGGAAAUGGUUAAUGUUCUUGUCAUAUAUCGCAACAGCCAGUUUAGUUUAUUUUUUAAUCCCAGCUCUGAGUUCUUUGGAUUUCCCUGGGACAGAUGUGCUGGACAUGUUUGCACAUUAUGAGUAUACAUUCAUUUUGACCAGCGCACACUUAUUUUGGUACAAUUUUCCAUCUAGAUAAAUAAUUUGUGCCAUUUUAUCUGCAGCAAUACAUUGAAAAAUUUAAACCUGCAAUCUUAUAUAUUAAGUCCAACAAAUUGAGUGCUGCUAUCUUGCGACAUAGUCAUGCCCCUAGGUUUUUUUUUAGGUUUUUUUUUUAGGUUUUUUUGCUUCAUUUUACCUGGUGUCCCAAAUAAUCUGAUUUAUAUUUUUUGCUUUUCUUUUAAGUAUUGUUUUUCUUUGUGUUUCUGUUCAUUGGUGUACUUCUUGUGACAUGCAGAAAAUAAAGAUAAUUUGGGAUGAACCAAUUGUGGUCAAACAACAAAAAAAGCAUACUCCUGCAUUAAAAAACCUACAUAUGGGAAUGAACGAGUGUCAUUGCUUUAUAUAUCCUCUGUUGUUUAAGAGUCUGAUGCCCUUUGUCACUUAUAUAGGCUACAGACAUUUUACCUUUUAAGGCAUCACCCAUUUCCUUAUGUAACCAGUGACGGCGUGCCUCUGUCAAGCCUCAGCUGGAUUUGAGAAACGGCCAACGAGAGGGUUACAGCCUGCGUUAAACGUCCUGUUCUCUGGCGAGAGAGAGAAGGCCCAAGAUAAACACAAUCCUGGGGUGCAUUUCUCGAAACCAUAGUUGAUUACUACGUCAGCUACUUUAUUGUUUGCAAUGCAACUUCCCAAGUUCCUUACAGGCCAACAACUACGCUUUUGAGAAAUGCACUGAUCAGUGCAAUGAGGAAAUACUAAACAAACAACAAUUAAAAAAAAAGAAAUGGUGUAUGAAAGAUUUUCUAUAAUAUUUCUAUAUACCCCACAUAAAUCCCAACGUGUGGCCCUUUUUUUGUAUAUGCACAGCACUACCAGUAUAUUCUUCCUCUCUUACUUGUGUUAUAAUAACAUUUCAUUCCUUGCAAGGCUAAAGAACUGUGAGUUGAGCAAGGAUUUCAUUUUAUUUGACAGAACUUCACCCAAUUAUCUUCAGUCAAAACAUCCUUAGGCCUACAUUGGGCUGUGGCAUAGAUUACGUUUUAGUGUGAAUGCUGGGCUUCUCCAUAACAGCAAGAAUUCGGCAUGAGAAGUUUUAUGCAAAAGACACAGUGAGACUUAUAGUAGAG